UGGAGGUUAGCAGCCCAGGAACGGGCUGUGACUACUGUCAUAUCAUGGACUAAGCAGGUGGUAGUUAUCAUAGCUACUGGCGAGGGGAAGAGCCUGCUGUUCAUGCUGCCCUGCAUCCUCCCUGAUGCUAGGGUGACGAUCUUAGUCUUGCCCCUUGUGUCUCUGCGAGGGGACCUCCUCCGCCGAGUCCGAGAGUUAGGGAUCGAUCACUUAGUGUAG